AUGGCACGUCAAGUCAUUGUUCUUGCCCUAACCUUUGUAGCCAUCGCUGGUGUUUUAGCACAAGAUGAGUCAGUCACAUCACCACCCUCCCCCUCCCCGGCUUCCUCCCUUGACGCUGCAACCUCACCAUCAUCUUCCAGCUCAUCUACUCCUUCUCCCAGUGAUGGUGACGCCGACACCCCAGCCUCAGCCCCAGGCCCUGCUAACGACAUAUCAUCCCCUCCUUCUCCCAGCAGCGGCGACGCUGCUGCUCCUGGGGGCGAGACCACCGAGCCUGGAUCUAAGUCUGGGACCGCGGCUGCCCCAGAAGGCGAGGCCGCAGCUGCAGGGACCCUCGGACUCUGCAUCGGAGGAGGAGGAUUAUCCCACUGA